GCGGUAAGACAAUACAAAUGUCACGGGUCAUAUUUAAGCACGCAUUGCAAUGUUUUCAUAAAUUUCCAUUGACUGGAAAAAGACUUCACACUCGCACCGAACGCCCACAAAGUCUGAAUUUUCACAUACCGACCACUCAUUAUUCUCUUGGAAUUAUGACAACUAACUAGCGCUGUUCGGCUUCAAGAUGAUGUCAAUACGCAAGUGGUUGUACAAACCAAAAAAAACGGACAACCAGCUACUGGCCCAGUUUUACUUCAGCGAUGAGGAGCUUAACGCGGUGUCUCAGGAGUUGGACAGCUUUGACGGCAGGCAAGACCCGGAGAGAUGCACGCUGCUCGUUAAUCAACUCCGAACGUGCCAAGACAGAGUACUCGCGAUUGUGGAACAGGUCAUGGACCACGCUAUAGUAAACGAGAGGGCCAAUCGGGACUUCAGGGCCAAGUUCCCUGACGAUGUCUUGCAAGACAGCCUCGCUGGCCAGCUGUGGUUUGGCGCAGAGUGUCUGGCUGCCGGCUCCACUAUUAUGAACCGUGAGAUAGAGAGUGCUGCAUUACGGCCAAUAGCAAGAGGUCUUACAAGGAGCUUGGAUGUCUUAAGAAGUAUCUUAAGGGAGCAGUGCUACAAGGAUCUCAACCACUACAGUGACAAGGUGAAGGAUGGGCUGAGGAAAUUUGAUGAGAUGUUUGCCGAGUUCGAGUUGAGCUACGUGAGCGCCAUGGUCCCCGUCAAGACAGCGAGAGAGUAUGAUACUCAGCAGGACGUCAUCGUUCUCUUUUGUGAGACUCUGGACAGGGCAUUGAAGAAGGCUUACGUAACUCAAGAUCAAGUGGAUGACUAUGACCCGGCGCUGAUGUUCACUAUACCAAGACUCGCUAUUGUUGGUGGACUGUUUGUGUUUCCAAGUGGACCGUUGAAUAUGGAGAGGGAUUCUCGUUACAUAUCUGAAUUGUUUAGACCAUUUCAGGGUCUCCUCCUCAAGAUAAAGGAGUUACUGGAAACAUUGCACGAGGAGGAGCUUAUCCUCCUAGAGAAAGCACUGUGCAGCACCAAAGACUCCUGGGAAGAUAUCGAGAAACAACUUAACGAGAUGAGUCUGAACUACGACACCCCACGCUCCGGUCGGUCACGUCGCACCAGCCGCAACCCGGACUCCAUCUGCCUGUCACCUUGCGACAGCAUGAUGACAGAGUGCUCCAUGAUCAGCUCCAGCUUCAUGUCAACACCAGAGGGGGCUGAUCUCAUGCGGAGACUGAGCUUCUCCGAGUCGUGGCACGAACUCUCCCAGGAGGCGCUGAGCGUCGAGGAGGAGGGGUUGCCCUGCGAGGCCUCGGGGAGGGAUGCUAGGGUUCCUUCGCCGCGAACAUCAGGAGUUAAAGUUGUAAGGAAUCAUUCUGAUGCAGUAGUGGAGCAAGGGGCGGCGUCGUCACCUCAUGGGUAUAAUGAGAUUGAAGAGGAAGGGAACGGGGACUUGAAAAACAAUAACUUCUUUGCGCUGAGGAAUUCAAAUCAGGAGAGUAAUCAUGAGACGAAUUCUCCCGUGAUUGAAGCGCCCCCUGUCGUGAACGGGGACAGGGUCGAUAGACCCCAUCAUCCCCCUCGCCUGACGAGGGAAGAUAGCGGACUGGGAUCAGCCCCAGAGAUGGAGCUCAUGGACUUGUUCAUUAACGUCCCACCGAUGCUCCAGAACAGUGUGGAGGUUGAACUGAAUGGCGAUGGUGGACUCGUCAGAGUCCACAGUCAUGAAACUGUGCCUCACAGCAGUAAAACAAACCCAAGCCCGCUUAGAAUAGAGACGGGGCAUUUACAGGACUCUGUAGGGGUGAGUACAAACGGGGAACGCCCGUUACCUAUAUCCACAGCCAACGGGAGUGACUUUGCCCCAACGUUUUUCGGUAAGGGGAAGCCGAGCACUGAGUUGAGCCUCGUCGGGGCCAGGACUAGUCCCACGGUAAAUAACAGACAUCACUUGGAUUUCACCUCGGAGGGGCCUGUGUCGCCGUCUCGAAUCAUCCGCCAGAACUCUCUGGAUUCCCCAUCGCCAAACAACCACAGCGAGCCCACCUCAUUCUUUCAGAGGAUUCGUCAUGGGUCCGGUCGCCGGUCGUCCAUGUCGGACCAGGAGUCCUCCCGCGCAUCCACCCCCAAUCGUGACAUCUCAGCAAGUGCAAUAAAUCGAGUGGAAGGGAGUCGUGGUGUGAGGCGGGUGAAGGUACAGUCGGAGAUACCGGGAGACGGUGAUGGUGACGGCGAUAAUGAUGGGUCGUCCAGUUCGUGCUCGUCAUCGUGCUGUGGAGGGGAUGAUGAAGUGUGUAGCUAUCAGUGGGAGUCAGAUGGAAGUGACAGUGACAGUACGUCCUAUCUAUCUGAAAACAAUGAUGAGUUUGAGAUCGCCAUGGCGAUAGAGGCAGCGGAGAUUGCCGCUCGACAGGAGAUGAGGUCCCACUUCAGAAGCUCAAGCGAUCUUGUGCACAGGCUCUUUGUCUGUAUUGCAGGUGUUGCUGAUCAGCUCCAGACAAACUAUGCCAGCGAUCUGCGCAACAUCCUCAAGACAGUCUUCAUAAUGUGUGCCACUGAACCUUACUACAUGCCCAUCGAGGAAAGUACUCCCACAACAACAAACAACAGUCCAGCUGAGGAGCAGAUAAACGAGGCGUCGGGUGCCGGCAUUGCGGCAUCAGGCACCGACGAAAAAACCCACAAUCAUUCGCCAAAAAAGAAAUCAUCACCUCCGAACGGCAAAGUCCAUUUCGAGAGUAAUGCACCCACCAACGGAUCAGUCUCAAACGAGGACGUCUUCUCAAAUGAAAAUUCUGAAAUAGUGAACUCGUCGAGCGCUUCUAAGAGCUCUGCCAGUGGGGAAUCCCCAAAUGAUGACCAGGGACCCUCAUCAACUGGCGACCAGGUUCAGGAACCGUCUGGCAGCACAUCAUCCUGCGACGCGGUCGUUGAAUGUGUGGCUGAGACGUCAACAGUGUCCGACGGCUCCACCCCUGAGCCAAAAGAGAGAAAGAGACACAGGAGUGGCUCACGGAAUAGACGGACAACGGCAUACCAAGAUCCACCACUGUGGGUUCCUGAUGACAGUGCUACUGAAUGUACCUCAUGUAAGGCGUUAUUUACAAUGCUUCGACGGAAACAUCACUGUCGGAACUGUGGAAGGAUCUUCUGCAAUCGUUGUUCAGCCAACUCGGUUCCAUUGCCACGUUACGGUCAGCUGAGUCCUGUCAGAGUCUGUAAUAGAUGCUACAUGUUUCAAGUUACUCCAUUCCAACACUGAAAUUAUCUAAACUGUUAACGAUGGUGCUGUCUUGUGUGCCCUCUGCUUGGACUGAGGUGUUCACAGAGCGGGUUUGAAUUGGGUCAUUAUGGGUACACUCUUAUAGGGUAACCAGUAGGAGCGACCUUGCUUGACCUCGAACCAAUAUGAGCUCUUUCUCCUUGCAGGAGGUUGCAAUAGCGUUUACCGUUUUAGAGUCUCCUGUCUGUACGGCGAGCACCGGUUUUAGUGUUGAGCUUGUAUGAAUGUAUCGUCUCGUCAGGGCAAAAUUCGUUAGGUCUUGAGUUUGUAAGGACAUCUUAAUCUUGCGCGAGAAAGGUAUCUCAGGGUUUGUGUGAACAUCUGGGAUAAAUGUUAGCGAAAUACACAAUUGUUUACGCUGCUUUAAGGUUACAUCGCGUGUGGACAUGCCACUUUGUGCCGUGGCACUGUACUUUGCACACCAUUUUGUGAGGAGCAUGUUUGUCAAGAGUGAGGAAAGCAUCAUGGAAAUCGAUGCCUGUGCUAUCUUGUAGUUACUAGGUCUACAUCAUCUAAUGUGUAUCGCUGGGCGUGGUGGUUGUUACAUCUUAACCUUCCUACUGUCUGACCUAUGAAUUUUAUUCGUAUGGUUUUGAAGGAUAGAUGCGCUAUGCCAGCCUGCAAACUGGUGUCGUUCUUUGAAUUGCAUCUGCACAGUACACAGGUACAAUGUAGUUUACAUGUUCAGUCGUACUACCUAUGGGGUUGAUAGUUCUGAAUGAUCGGUCCACCCUGAGGUGUGGGGAGAAGGAAGAUGCAUACAUGUACGUCGCUAGUCCCGAUGCUGAAAUGUUGUCACAAUAUUUAAUUUUGUUUUGUGAACAUAAAUUUUGAAAUGCAGCUGGUUAACAUGAAAAAAGUUAUCUUAAUAGUAUUAAACAUGAACUUAUUCAUAUUAUAGAUAAUCUGUCAUCCUAUGGCCAUUUUGAUCUAUAUCCCUGUAUUCCUUUAGGAUACUAAUGAUAGUAAAAAAUACAUAGAGGGGGCCAGACUAAUUGUCCCGUCAAUCUAAGUUAAUUGUUUUGCGAUAAUUUUUUUCUUCUUCCCAUGACGAAUUACCCCACCAGAAAAAUCCAGUAACUUCAGUCCUUCAUAAACUUUUCAGUCCUACCUCGCAACUUCCAUUGCAAUAGUAUUUAUUGGUUUACGUUUAUCAGGACUUUUCUAUUAUUACUAAAAGAAAAAUAGUAAUAUAUCAACAAAAAAUUAUGAGCUUGAACAAUAUUAGGGUCCUUGUUAUAGAACAAUCAUUCACAAAAAUGUAGUCCAUUGGGUCAGGACCAAUUGGGUCAGAGGUCAUCGGGUCAGAGGUUCUUAUAAUAUCAAAGUCUUAUAUAGUGCACGUAUCUACCAAACAAGGUACUCAAGGCGCUGAGUAUAUACAAACUUUC